AUGGAGGAGAUUAUUCUACGUUAUUAUGAGAAGUUGUUUACUUCAUCAGUGCCUACUCUGGGUGAGGGUGACUUGAGCUUUGUGACAAAUAUACUCUCUGAUGAGGAGAAUACCCGGUUGAAUAGUGAGAUCAAGGAGGAGGAAGUUUAUAAGGCUUUGAAACAGAUGCACCCCUCAAAAGCUCCGGGGCCUGAUGGCUUUUCCCCGGCGUUCUACCAACAGUUUUGGGACGUUGUGGGAUCGGAUGUGGUGGAGGCAGUGAGACAAUUCUUGAAUUCCGAAAACCUUCUCAAACAGAUCAACUGUACUUGGGUAACCCUAAUUCCGAAAGUGAAGAAUCCAGAGUUUGUCCAUCAGCUUCGACCUAUCAGUUUGUGUAAUGUUAUAUAUAACAUUGGGUCUAAAGUUUUAGCAAAUAGAUUGAAGCCCCUCUUGGAUGAUAUCAUCUCACAACAACAGAGUGCCUUUGUUCCCGGAAGAUUAAUUUCGGAUAAUUCUUUGCUUGCAUUUGAGAUUUCUCACUGUCUCAAGCGUCGUAGAAGAGGUAAUGUGGGUUUUUGUGCUCUUAAAUUGGAUAUGAGUAAGGCGUAUGAUAGGGUUGAAUGGGAUUUUUUGGAAGCAGUCUUGGACAAAUUGGGUUUUGGAGCUACCUGGAUUAGAUGGACUAUGGCUUGUGUUAGUACAGUAAGCUACUCUUUUCUCGUGAAUGGUGAUCCGUGCGGCAAUAUUUCCCCUUCUCGAGGACUUAGGCAAGGUGAUGCAAUAUCACCGUAUCUAUUUCUUCUAUGUGCUGAGGUGCUGUCAAGAAUGAUCAAGGAGGCUGAGCGUAAUGACCUUAUGCAUGGAGUUAAAGUUUGUCAACAAGCACCUGCUAUUAGCCAUCUUUUCUUUGCAGAUGACUCGUUCAUUUUUUCUAAAGCAGAGAUCACUGAUAUCUUGUGCAUGAGAGAUAUUUUCCAGAAGUAUGAGCACAUGUCUGGGCAACAGAUUAAUUAUGAGAAGAGUUGCAUAUCGUUUAGCAAGAAUGUUCCGAGAUGGAAACAGGAUGAUUUGGCUCGUGUGUUGGGCGUGACAAGGGUGGACAAGCACGAUAAAUAUCUAGGUUUACCUACAGAACUCAGUUACUCUAAAGAUGAGGCCUUCUGGUACUUGGUUGAUAGAGUGCGGACGAGGACGCAGGGUUGGAGAAACAAAACUCUAAGCACGGCAGGGAAAGAGGUGUUAAUAAAAGCUGUGGUGCAGUCUAUUCCAACAUAUGUGAUGAGUUGCUUCGAAUUACCUAAACACUUAUGUGAUGAGAUGCAUCGACUGAUGGCUCGGUUUUGGUGGGGAGAAUUUGGCGAGGAGAGGAAGAUCCAUUGGGUGGCAUGGGACAAGCUCUGUGCACCAAAGAAGGAGGGUGGCUUAGGGUUCAGGGACAUGCACUUGUUUAACACGGCCUUGCUUGCUAAGCAAGGAUGGAGGUUAAUCUGCAGGCUGGAUUCUUUGCUUGCUCAGGUAUUUAAGGCACGUUAUUUUCCUAAUACUGAUUUCAUGCAUGCUGUUUUGCAUAAGGGUGCGUCUUUUUCGUGGAGGAGUAUUAUGAAAGGGAGGGAUUUGUUGAAAAAGGGGUUGAGAUUUCAGGUGGGCAAUGGGGAGGAUAUUUCGAUUUGGAACGAUCCAUGGGUGCCUCUACCCUAUCGUUUCAAACCUUUUUCCAUCCCCAUGCAGGGUGCGGAGGAUCUUAGAGUUGUAGAUCUCAUUGAUGAGGAGACUGGGGAUUGGCAAGAAUGGUUAUUACAUGAGCUAUUUACACCUAUGGAAGUUGUUAAUAUUAUGAAAAUCCCUCUGAGUCUAAGUGGAGGGAUUGAUAGGCUUGUAUGGCAUUUUGAUAAGAAAGGGAGGUAUAGUGUGAAAAAUGGAUAUCAUGUGGCUCGUGUUAUGGACACUUUGGAGAGGACGGCAUCAGGCUCCAGCUUCGGGGCAGAUCGUGCAAGGUUAUGGGGAAAGCUAUGGAAAGUUAACGUACCUCCUAAGGUACGUAUGCAUGCAUGGCGUCUGGUCAAGGGAACGUUACCCACUCGAGCUGCCCUAGCUAAGAGGGUCCAGCUCUCAGAUGUGAGAUGUGUGUACUGUUCUAAUGGUGUGGAAGAUAGCCUACACUUGUUCAAAAACUGUGAUGCCUUGAGAACUUUCUGGAUGCAUAGUUCGCUCGAGUUACAACCUGGUAAGCACCCCUCUAUUGUUCUUGACGUUUGGUUUUGGGAUAUGGUUGAUGCACUUAAUGGUGAGAAGCUGGAGUACUUCUUGAUGGCCCUUUGGGUGGUUUGGAUGGAGCGAAAUAAUAUAGUUUGGAAAGCAUCAGUUUCCAACCCCACUAACAUGCAUGCAUGGGCUAAGUCAUUUCUUCAUGAAUAUAAGCAAUUACAUAAACGUCAAGGAGGGAAGGCUAAGAGAUCACUUAUCAAGUGGACUUGUCCUCCAAGAGGAAGGUUGAAAAUUAAUAUAGAUGGAAGUUUUUGCACAGAAACUGGUGGUGGAGGUGUAGGGGUUGUGGUCAGAAACUUUGAAGGAACAUGCAUAGCUACUUUUGCGCGACCUUUUCACUUUGCACAGUCAGACAUUCAUAUGGAGGCCGAAGCUCUUAGGGCGGGGUUGUUAAUUGCAAUUCAACAGGAUUGGAAGGAAAUUAUUGUUGAAAGUGACUGCGUGAACUUGGUGAGUGCAUUACGUGCAACUGAUGAUGAUUUUUCGAGCAUUGGAAGGAUCUUGGAUGAUUGUAGAAGGGAGGUUGAUGACGAGCAAACCAUACAGGAAGGAAGCUUUGAUGGGCGCUAUGAGAUCUCGAACUGGUCACCGAAGAAGAAAAAGAAUGAUGAGAGACCUCAUGUUACUGCUGUGAUGUUGGAGGGUAGCGAUCAGAUUGUUUUCUCCUUCUCCCAUAAGUAUGACAGAAAUAGGGUUUUGUCCGGCUGUGCAUGGCAUUUUGACAAAGCCCUCUUUGCAAUUUCGGCGACGGAUGGCAAGGAGGAUUUAUUAAGGGUAAGAGUGAUGAUUGAUGUUAAUAAGCCUCUCAGAAAGGUGGCUUCUGUUAGGCUUCCCCAGCAGGAGAAGCCGGCGUGUUACGAGCUCGACUAUAUCAAACUUUCAACAUUCUGA